GCCUACUGCGUCGCCCGGGCCUCUGGGAGAAUGAAGGUGAUACUUCUGACUGCUGCUCUUCCUGCUUUGGUCUCUUUGCCCUGGGUCCAAGCAGUGUGGCUGGGAAGGCUGGAUCCUAAGCAGCUCACUGGGCCUUGGUACAUCCUGGCUGUGGCCUCCCGCGCAAAGGACUUCAUGGAGAAGGACAUGAAGAAUGCGGAAGGUGUUGUGGUGACUCUUACUCCAGACAACAAGUUGAGAAUUCAGUCCUCUAGGCACGGGCCAGAUGGGUGUCGUCAGAGCACUGUGGAGCUGCGGAAGCAAGAUUCCCGAUGGGCGUUUGAGAACCCCUCUCUUGGUAUACUGGAUUAUCGGGUACUGGGCACGAACUUCAAGGACUAUGCUGUCAUCUUCACACAGCUGGAAUUUGGGGAUGAGGCCUUCAACACAGUGGAGUUGUACAGUCGGACAGAGAUGGCCAGCCAGGAGGCCAUGCAGCUGUUCACCAAAUGGAGCCAGGGUCUGGGCUUCCUGUCCCGUCAGCAGGCCCAGCUGCAGAAGGACUUCACGUGUGCACACAAGAUCCUCCAGUGAGUGCCACACCUGGGAGAAAGUACCACAGCAUCCUAACAUCCUGGUGGAGGUGGGCAGGCGCUGUCUUUGCUCAGUGGCUGGUUGGUUCUCUGCUCUCCUAAGCUCAGGCUUGGGUUGAAAAUAAAGUGAUUUCACAAGUAAA